AUGGGCAACGUCAAAAAAAUUUUCGUUCGUGAAGAAUCAAUUUCUGAUGAUAACUAUUCACAAUUAAUAAAUCACGAUGAUGAUUAUAAAGGACGUGAACAGGGUGGAUCUAAUUUGAAUGCAUUUAUGAGUUGUGUGUGUGUUGUAGCAGGAGCAGGAACACUGGGAAUUCCAUAUGCUAUACAACAAGAUAAUCCGCAUGACAUAAUUGUCAUGAGAAAAUUACCAAUUUCGCUUGCAACUGUCAGUUUUAGUUAUGGCGGAAAUAUUGUUUAUCCAUAUGUCGAAGAAAGCAUGAGAAAACCACGAAAUUGGCCAAAAGUAGUUUCAUUUGUAAUGUUUACAAUUACAAUAUUAUAUCUAAUAAUUGGAUUUUUUGGUUAUUUUACUUAUGGAAAUAAUGCAAAAUCACCAAUCUAUUUAAAUUUACCUGAUGGAAUACUGGUUAAGGCUGUGAUAAUAUUAAUUACACUGCAUGUAACAUUUGCAUUACCGAUUUAUCAGACAGUAUUCUCAUUGGAAUUAGAAAAUUAUUAUAGUAUUAACGAGAAUAAAUUGGGCAAACUACGUGAAUUCAUUUAUCGGACAUUGUUACGACUUGUAACUGUUAUUGCGGAAGUCUAUAUUGCUGUGUCAAUACCUUUUUUUGCUGAUAUUAUGUCAUUAUUAGGUGCAUUGGCAAAUGGUUCGUUGGUGGUUGUUAUCCCAUUGUUGUUAUGGUUAAAGCUUGUUGGAUGGAGUAAAUUGGAAAAUAAUAAUUGGGAAAAAGUUUGGAUAAUUUUUACUUUAAUAUUUUCUAUAACAAUUGCUACAAUUGGAAGUUAUGAUGCUGUCGUCUCAUUAUAUAAUGACAUUAAAAAUCAAUAG